UAACGCCGAGUGGCGUCUAAACUGCCAUCAUCUACAUGAAGAAGAAGAAGAAAGUCUUACUUCCUGUUAGAUUACACGUAGCGUCCCUGCUGUUAGAGCGCUUCAAGGACGAGUUCUGUGUUUUGAUCCUGGGACUGGACAACGCUGGGAAAACGACCUUUCUGGAACAAACAAAAACAAAGUUCAGUAAGAACUAUAAGGGAAUGAAUUUAUCAAAGAUCACAACCACGGUUGGCCUGAACAUUGGUACAAUUGAUGUGGGCAAGGCUCGUCUAAUGUUCUGGGAUCUGGGAGGUCAGGAGGAGCUCCAGUCUCUGUGGGACAAAUACUAUGCUGAGUCCCAUGGAGUCAUCUAUGUGAUAGAUUCAACUGAUGAAGAGCGCCUGUCAGAAUCAAAGGAGGCCUUCGAGAAAAUGAUCAGCAGUGAGGUGUUAGAAGGUGUCCCACUCCUCGUGCUGGCCAACAAGCAGGACAUACCGGACUGUUUGUCAGUGGCGGACAUUAAAACAGCCUUCAGUGACUCUGCCCCGAAGAUCGGCAAGAGAGAUUGUUUAGUCCAGCCUUGUACGGCCCUAACAGGGGAUGGAGUGAACGAAGGCAUUGAGUGGAUGGUGAAGUGUGUGGUCCGAAACAUUCACAGGCCACCCAGACAAAAGGACAUCACGUAAGAAGUCACCAGCAGUCUUCACGCUUAUGUUGGACUGAGUUUCUCCUGGAGGACAUUCCAUGUAAGCCCUGGAGUUGAUAACUCUCCUCGUGUUUGCUGCGACAUUGAACAGUUUGGAUAUCUGCUUGAGUGUGACAGUAUUUUUUUUAUCACCAAGCAUAAUUUCCGAUGUGCUUUGAAUGGACUCUAUUUCCACUUUUUGAAGCGGUGUUAUGAUUUCUUCUGCUUCAUGUGUGAGCAGCAUUCUCUGGCUGGGAUCGCUGUGACUGUGUCUGCAUGGAGCUUCACUGACUGUCACACACGGUGGCUUUCUAUUUCUUCACAGUAUCAGAUUUAAUAAACAAUGUUUAGCACACAAUUUUUAAGUUGAAACUAAAAGUACCGAUUCCCACUAUACUUUCUUUCGAUCAUCUGCAGAGUCACUGUCAAACUCCUGCAUCGUCAUUGCUGUUUGUUCCACAAAGAAUCCAGUGUAGCUAGUACUAGAGCAUGUUGAGACCAAAAAACAAGCGACCCAGAGAUUCAUCGCAGGGUUGUGCAACAGUGGGAGUGUCACUUAAAUGGCCCAUUUGUGUGCGUUUCUCCAAAAGUGGAAUCUGUCUCAACUUUUCCUGAUGUAGCGAUGGCAAUGUUUCAGAUUUAGUGACAUUUCUUAUGACGUUUACUUACUUACUUACUGACUUGACUCCUGUGGCAGCUGCAAUAGUGUUGAGAGUUCAAAACAUUGGAGUCCAACUUUUAGUGAAAACGAGAAUAACUACUCUAGCAGUUAUAUACUUUCCGGUGUUUUUUGAUCGAUUGUUUUGCAUAAUUUUGCUCCUAGGCCUCCGUGGAGCUCCAUACAGACUGUUGCAGCAGCCCAAACAGCAACAGUCGGGUACACAUAUGAUCGAAUGGCCACCAAACUGUUUUUGAGGUUUCUUUUAUGUUAUCUGUAGGGAUGGGCAUCGUUUGGAUUUUAACGAUUCUGAUUCCAACUCUUCCUUUCGAUUCCGGUUCUUAUCGAUUCUCGAUUCCGAUUCUUUGAGGGGUGGAGUUGAAACGGGUCACAUGCUUAUUACACAAAUACGAGGAAAGUUUUAUAGCUAGAACGCCACUUACUGUUCUCCAAGGCUGCAACACAACAAGCGCCUGGUCGCUUUGGAAACCAAAACUUGCACAUAUUAAAUUCUGAACCCAUGAUCAGAUUUGAAACCAAAUCCUCCAAACGAUUCCAAUAAAGAAACGAUUCCGAUGGAAUCGUAAUUUUUGAAACGAUUCCAAGUAGGAAUCGGUUCUCGAUGCCCAACCCUAGUUAUCUGUAUAUUCUUUGACUUCUGUAAAACAUUUAUAGUUUGUUUAAAGCAAACUUUUUUUAUUGACUUUGGAAAUGUUAAUGUUCUUAAUUGUCAGAGACACUUGAGCUGGGUAACUGGACACGAUAUCUGUAACAACUACAUGCACAUAGUGUGCUGAAAACACUGAGAAAUCUUGCUGACCUCUGCUUAAUCACUUAUUACCAGUAGGUCAACUUGGGAUGUAUGAAGUGGUUAACAAAAUGAAGCUGACGUCCUCUUGUCAGUCACAUAUAUGGAAGAUGAUCAAAAUAAAUCUCUGAUUUCAAAGAAACAAA